AGACGAGAAACUUGAAAGGGUGGAUUACGGUCACGUUUAAAUAUGGAGAAAAACUGGUUCUUGCUCUUCAUCUUCUGUUCUUUGUCAGAUCAUCAUGGGCUUUAUCGGUUGUUUCUAUUUUCUCUAUAUGGUCUUGUUCAUUUUUGUGGGAUUUCAAGAUUCUACACAAGGAAGGUUGUUAUUGAUAAAGAAACCAGACCCAGAUAAUGCUGCAGCAACAGCUCGUUGGCUGGUUUCUCAGAAUUCUUGGGGGGUUCUAAAUACCAUAUCAAUGGAUUUGGGAGGAGCACCCUUUGGUAAUGUUGUUUCAUUUAGUGAUGGGCUACCUAAUGAAGGUAGUGGUAUCCCAUACUUUUAUUUGACAACGCUUGAUCCAACUGCAAGAAAUGCAUUGAGAGAUCAGAGGUCUUCCCUCACAAUCAGUGAAUACCCAAUAGGAACUUGUGGCGAGAAAGACCCCGAGAACCCAAGUUGUGCAAAGAUUACCCUCACUGGAAAGUUAAAGUUACUCAAGGAAGACUCUGAGGAAAUAGAAUUUGCUCGAAGUGCCCUAUUUACCAAACAUCCUGAGAUGGAGGGCUGGCCUAAAGGUCACAACUUCCAAUUCUUCAAAUUAGACAUUGAAGAUAUAUUUUUGAUUGAUUGGUUUGGUGGUCCUAAACCUCUCACAUUAGAUCAGUACUUCCAUCCUAAACUGAAUAACGUUCUUCCAUUCUCAGAAUACCCUUCUGAUCUCCCACUCGCAUAAGUGUUUAUAAUGAAUCUACUGUAAAUAAAGAUGUAAUAAUUGUUUUAUUUAUGUACUGCAACUAUUAUUCCUUUAUCAUAUUGUUUGCUGAAAAUAAGCACCAACAAAUUGUUUGGACUUGCUUAUGUACUUGCAAUUGAUAUAUAGUAAAAAGCAGUGGCAAGGAAUUGAUACCUGCAA